AUGGCUCAGCCGCCUGAACCCAGCCCAAGCAGCCAACCGGCAGCGGCGCUACAUCAGAAUGUUGCGGACGAAGAUGAUGAGAACGUCAAGCAGCUUCGAGAAUGCUCUUCUUCCUACAUAGCCUUACAGGAUUGCUUGAUCAGUUCCAACAGAAACUGGAAAUCCUGUCAGAAAGCAAUUUACUCUGGCUCAGGGAAAGGGAGUAGGGAAGAAGUUGGAGUUGAUAAAGAAGGCUCAAGAGACCUGGCAACUGCAGACCUGAUUAACAUGAAAGGCAAACAAACCAUUGAAGACAUGUUGAGGAGCAGCUCAAAGAUUUGA